GAGCUGAGCUUUCUCCGGGAGGAAAAGCGCUGCUAAAAUGCCCGAGCCGGCCAAGUCCGCCCCCGCGCCCAAGAAGGGCUCCAAGAAGGCGGUGACCAAGACGCAGAAGAAAGGCGACAAGAAGCGCAAGAAGAGCCGCAAGGAGAGCUACUCUAUCUACGUGUACAAGGUGCUGAAGCAGGUGCACCCCGACACGGGCAUCUCGUCCAAGGCCAUGGGCAUCAUGAACUCCUUCGUCAACGACAUCUUCGAGCGCAUCGCCGGCGAGGCGUCGCGCCUGGCGCACUACAACAAGCGCUCCACCAUCACGUCGCGGGAGAUCCAGACGGCCGUGCGGCUGCUGCUGCCCGGCGAGCUGGCCAAGCACGCCGUGUCCGAGGGCACCAAGGCUGUCACCAAGUACACCAGCUCCAAGUAGGGCGUCUCGGACCGUCACUCUCAACCCCAAAGGCUCUUUUAAGAGCCACCCACAUACUCUAUAAAAGAGCUUUUACACUUUAAACAAAUGUUU